GAAUCGCUCGCGGAGAUCGUGGACGGUUGCUGGACGGACAGUCAGCGGGGGAAACAGGAGACGAAUAUAUUGCUAAAUAUAAUACGAGACACACGGUUCUACUGACCGUCGGCACGUGAAGCGGCAUGACGACGGCGACGACGGUGACGAUGAUGGCGACGGCGAGGGCGACGGUAACGGUAACGGCGACGGUAACUAUUUGAGACCGUCUGUUCAUACCGUUGACCUUUCACUUUCGUCGACGAUAAUUGUGAAAGCUGUCGUGUCUCUGUAAGAUCUGUGGUCGUGGAAAACAAAGUGGUGAAUUUUUUCCAGACAAGUGUGUCCGCGAAUCAGGGAUCUCUCGGUACGAGUUGCUUAAAUUACGAUAUUUUUUUUCGGACUUUAUCGUGAUUCGAUCGAUCCCUCAAUUGUCGUCAUCGUUGUCAAAAGUCAUAGAUAUGAGUAUCCAAAAACCUGAAGAUCUUCUGUCGGUUGUUAUAUCGAGUGAACUUCCGGAUUCUCGACAGCUAUUUAUAAAUCAAGAUCAACAGGAUGAAGAAGCGUCUGAUUGUCCUCUAUUAACACCGAGUCCACCACCUAUCCAAACCGACGAGACUCUGCAGUCGACGCCGAUAUUCAACGCUCUAGAAGGAGCUCCAUUAGAGAUGAUACCCACGCCAACGCUUGAGAAUAUUAAUACGGAGGAUGGACUUAACUUCAUGAAUAUCGUGAAUAGUUCAAGCAAACCUUUAAAUGAUGGUGCGUUUUUCUUGGCUAUUUCCAUUCCAUUGUUGCACCUCGGCACACAAUGAAACACUCAUUACAAUACAUUUGUGGCCUUCAAUAAUGUUAUUAAUACUGCCUAUCAGCAUCUCGCACCAGAUGCUCAAGCUUUAUUUUACAACCAGGAGAACGGUGGCAAGCCACCGCUCGUUGGGAUUCAACUGGUGGUGCCAAAACCGCCUAAGGAUUAUCGCUUUAUGAAGUGGAACUGGCCGUUAAUUCGGAAGACAUGCUACUGGUCAUUAAUGUCGAUCUUGACCGGAUGCGCCGCUCUUGUUAUCGGUGUUAUCGCCACAAUGCCUAAGACAUGCGAUCCACCGGUGGAAUGGUGGCAAGGCAGCACCUUCUACGAAAUAUUCCCGGCCUCCUUUCAGGACUCCACGAAGGGUGCCGAUGGGAUCGGCGAUUUGCGCGGGAUAAUAAUGCGACUCGAUUAUCUGAAGGAUCUUGGAGUGCGAGUCAUUCGACUUAACUCGAUAUUCCCAGCACCGCAUUAUCCGGAAUAUUACUCGGAUAUUAGCAACAUGACGGAUGUGAAUAGAGAGUUGGGCACACUCGAGGAUUUCUCUAUUCUCGUGCGCGAGAUACACAGACGAAAUAUGAGUAUAGUUCUCGAUUUGCCCCUGUAUCCAUUCGUGAAGAGCUCGAGCGAUGCGACAGCGAAGGCAAAUGAGACCGAGCUUCGAGAGAGACGUGAUCUCGUGAACAAUGCCAUAACUUCUGACGCAGUACUUCCGUCCGCACCGUCUACGUCGAUCGAAGUCAUUCGCAACGCUCUAUCGUUUGUACCGCCAUCUUCGCCGCAGGAGAUAAAAAAGAGACAAACAUUUCCAUCCAAUCAUUCGAAUCGUCAACAGGAGCACCCGAUCAGUGAGGCCAUUAAGAUAUGGCAGCAGAGAGGAGUGGAUGGUUUCUAUCUAAAGGGUCUGGAGCAUUACGUUAACGAGGAUACUUUCGUGAGUGAUCUUAGGUAUUGGAGGUUUCUUCUACGUCCAGGCAGUAUCUUUAUUUGUCACGUGGGGACUUUGAAUGCCGCCACCUCCGUCCCCGUGAGAAACUCCAUCAUGUCUAGGAUAGAUCUGAUCGAUGUGAAUUUGGAUCUAACGAAGAGCACGAGGAACAUCAAGACGCAGAUAGAGAGUAUCACCAAGGGUGUAUUCUUCGACAAAUCCGCUUAUCCGUGGAUACACUGGUCCGUAGGUGGUGUGGACACCAACAGAGUGGCUUCCACCAUGACUGUCAAGAAUGCCAGCAUAGCGGCUUCUCUUCUCGGCAUGAUGCUGCCCGGCUCACCCAAUAUAUUCUACGGAGAUGAGAUAGGUAUUGAAGACUGUGACUGCCAGGAUCACAAAGAUUUAGCGCAUGUGCACAAUUUAGUCCCAAUGUAUUGGGAAAAGAAGGACGGCUCUGGUACCAGUUUUUCGUCUUUAGGAAUCACCACUUGGUUACCAGAAGCUGGGAAGCCUGUAGAAACUAGUUUAAAAAAUACUGUUAAGGAAAUGAUAAAAUUAAGGAUGGAAGCGCCACCGGUUUAUGUUAAUGCGGUAUUAAGAGAAAAUCAAAUUAUUGUGAACUGUGAUGUUAGGUACGUGGAAGAUGAAAUGAUCGUAAUUGAGCGGUGGUACCCGCGGCGAAAUUCCUAUGUGUUUGUAGCCAAUUUUGGCAAUCAAACGCGCAUAAAGGAUUUAUCGUCUCUUUAUUAUAGCGGUUAUGUUGUUGUUGGACCAAGAUACAGAAUGAAUCGAGACGUGUACUUCAAAGAACUUAGCGUUCCACCUGGGGAAGCGUUUGUUAUAAAAUUAGAUAAAUAAGAGAGUUUUAUCAUGAAACAAUCGCCAGUAUUACUUAAACACAAUGUUAAAACACAUUAAAAAUAUGAAUACCUUACAACGAAAUUCAAUUUUAUAAAAAUUCGUUUUUUUUUUUAUGAAACUAACUUUUAAGAUCAAAUUUUUAGAUUUAAGAUAAAAUCUUGGAUUAUAAACUACUUAAUUAUGAAUGAUUGAAAUAAGAGACUGUUUAUGAAUUGUUUUAGAAAUGAUGAUAAAUAAAAAAUAUUAUUUUAUUAUUUUGAAA